UGCAGAAAACACCCAAAAAUAGUGAACUCAAGUAAUCUAGAGCAUUUUUCAGAACCGCACAACACGAGAGCCUGAGGGGAUAGCAGAUAGAAGAGGAAUCUUCAGUGGUUGUGCCUAAAACGCACAAUCAGCAAUGAAGAUGAUCCAUAUGGGCAGUACCGUUAUGAAUCCAAGUGGAAUUCGACUUCCGUUUUCGGUGAAGUCCAUUACACCACAAUUGUGGGCACAGAGAAAUUUGGGAUCCAGAUUCCGAAGUUUGAAGUGCAGAAGCGGCACAGAAGAGGAAAUUAAUAACAAUGGCAGUGAUAUCAAUUUCAAGGAUGCAGUAUCAGGCAUGGUGGAUGAGCAAGUGCAGGAGCUGUUGAGCAAGAAGGAGAAUAGGGCUUUGCUUGAUGGGUUAGAGAAGGCGUCGCUGAGGGUUGAGAUGGCCAAGAAAGAACUCGCGUUGAUUGAAGAACAAGAACGUGCCGCCAAGCAGUUCAGGGACUACAUCAACCAGCUUGAGGGCAAAGCUAUGGAGAUUGCAGAGUGUCAACGAGAAAUAUCAGAGGCAAAAGCGUUGGUUGAGGAAGCAGAACGCUCUCUAUCACUAAAUGGGGAAGAACUUGAAGAUGGGAAUGUAGCCAUGGGGAGCAAAACUGAGGAAAUUGACAGGGAUAAAGAGAGGUUGGAAUCAGUGAAGGCAGCAUCUAUUUCUGCCUUUAUAGGUACCGUUGCAGGGCUCCCCAUAUGCUUGACUCAGGCCUCCAACUUUACUCAACUGAUUCUCCCUGUGGCAAUUAAUUUCAUUAGCUGUGCAUUGUUUGGAGUGACCUUCCGAUACACUGUAAGGAGAAAUUUGGAUGAUGUUCAGCUUAAGACUGGAACAGCAGCAGCUUUUGGUGUCGUUAAAGGUCUUGCAACUUUGAGCGGUGGACCACUUCUUGAACUGAACUAUGAGAGCUUCUUAUCACAUGCCCUGAAUGGCACAACCUAUGUGUCUGAGAAUCUUCUUAUUUUUGUUUUUGCUGCAGUUGGUCUAGACUACUGUUUCAAGACAGGGCUUUUGAGCCCAUUUCCGAUAAAUAGAUCGGUUUCAAUUAGGAAUUCAAAGUAAAUGCAGCAUUAAUUUCAAUUGCAUGCCCAGACUUUACAUUUAUUGAUCAAUAUGUUGCUAUUAUUAACCUCACCACUUGUAAAUGCCGAAAAUCUUCGAAAAUUAUGAUGAGUAUUAAAUUAUUUGAAGCUUACAA